CACGCGUAGCUCGCAAUGAAACAAAUUCAAAAGAAGUCAAAAAUUAAAAGGAAAUCUGUCACACCAAUGCAGGUGGAUACGGCCAGCGAUGAGGAGCAUGUCGAAGACGACGCCAGUGUAGACGCAGAAGACGCUGCAGAGGCUGCUUCCAUUGCUGACGACGACGACGAUGAAAUGGAUUUGGGAAACUUUAAGGCCAGCACAACAGAAAAUACAAAACGAACGAAACGCAAAAAAGGCAUCAUUUAUAUAUCGAACAUACCGAAGUAUAUGAAUGUGACGAUUCUGCGCGAAAUUCUUGGACAAUUUGGCAAAAUCGGCCGAGUCUAUUUGCAGCCGGAGCGCCAAACAGGUGGUGGGGAUAAGGACAAGAAGAAAAAGCGAAAGCGCUACAAUAUACAUUUCACCGAGGGUUGGGUGGAGUUUGAGUCGAAACGCGUUGCCAAACAAAUAGUUCCGCUGCUGAACAACAAACAAAUCUCCACAAGGAAGAAGUCACAUUUCUACGACUCGCUGUGGAGCAUGAAAUACCUGCCACGGUUCAAAUGGGUGCACCUAACGGAGCGCAUGAAUUAUGAGCAGGCGGUGCACAAACAGCGACUACAAACCGAAGUCUCACAGGCACGUAAGGAGACGACAUUCUUCCAGAACAAUUUGGACAAAAGCGAGCAUCUCGCAAAGCAGGCAAAGAAACUAAAGAAGCUCGAGAGGAAGAAACAGCAGGAGGAGGCGUAAUGAAAUUUCUUUGUAUAUUGUUUUGCAGAACUGAUUGAAAAUAUAAUUUAUGUUAAGCUUAAA